AUGGCAUAUCAUACUCGAGGCAAGCUUGUCAUCCACCUCCCCGCCAUCCUCGUCAUCCUCGUUGACAGCGGACCUUACCACGAACAAGAAGAUUUGUUUGAGAAUCCUCUAAUCCUGCAUCCUGGUCUUAUUGCACGACCACGGCGUUCUGACGGAGGAGCGCGGGUAUCCCAGACCCUGACCAUGGUCAUUAUUUCGUCGUUAUACUUUGGGCUCGCAAAGCCUAGCAAUAUGUACGGAGGCAACCUCAACUCCUACGACAUCGAGCCAGCAACUUGCAAUGAGUUGAAGGUCAACUGCGCGAAGGACUAG